UAUUCACGUACAAAUAGAUAAAGAAAGUGAGUUUAAUAACAUUAUACUUUUAGUCGAAAUAUGAAACAUCUACUGUUAAUUUUAUCAAUAUAUUCAGCAUUUUGCGAAAACAUUGAAGUGGCAAUUAAAAAUGGGAAAAUUAAAGGUAGAAUCUUGAUAACAAAAUAUAACAGGACAUUUUAUUCUUUCCAACAAAUACCAUUUGCUGAACCACCUGUAGGAGAACUAAGAUUUGAGCCCCCGGUUCCUGUGAAAAAUUGGGAUGGAACACUAGACUGCACCAAUAAUACAAAAAUAUGCAUGCAAAUUUUAAAAACAUCAGAACUGGAAUCUGAGGACUGUUUAUACCUUAACGUCUACACACCGGUGAAACCUGGCACCUUCAAAAAAUUGCCUGUUCUUUAUUAUAUACAUGGAGGAGGAUUUAUACAUGGGAAUGGAAUAUUUAAUACUAAUGGCCCGCAUUAUUUUAUGGAUAACGACAUUGUUGUAGUUACUGUGUCCUACAGACUCGGAGUGUUUGGUUUUAUAUCUACACAAGAUAGUGUACUACCAGGAAACAAUGGGUUAAGAGACCAACGACUUGGCCUUCGUUGGCUAAAUGAAAAUAUCGGGGCUUUUGGCGGAGAUCCUGAAGAAGUAACCUUAAUGGGCCAAAGUGCAGGUGCCUCAUCUGUCACAUAUCAAAUGAUGAACAUGGAAGCAAGAAGUUAUUAUAGGGCAGCCAUAGGGCAGAGCGGUGCGAUGAUUAGUCCAAGGGCUUUUGCACCUAAUGCAAAGUCUGUGGCUUUUGAUUUAGGGAAAAGACUGAAUUUUUCUAAAGGCUCCAGUCAAGAACUUAAGGAUUUCUUGCUAAAAAAGACUGCAAUGGAAAUAAAAAGUGCUUCUAAUGUGCUCUAUGACAAUUAUACAGAUAACAUCUUUUUGCCAGUUGUUGAAGAGCCCCAUGAAGAUGCUUUUAUUAAUAAACCAAUGUAUACAGCACUUGUAAACGGUGAGGUAAACAAAAUUCCUCUUCUAAUUGGUUCCGUAUCACAAGAAAUGAUUUGGAAAUUGAAAGAUGGAGUUGAUGCAUUUAGUCGCCAUAUGAAAGCAUACGACGACGAUUUGUCAUUGUUGGUACCAAAAGAUAUGGGUAUUAUUAAUCGGAAUAUGAAAGAAAAACUAGGUAAGAAAAUUAGAAAAAUGUACACCAAUGGAACGCUACAAGAUGAUAUACAAGCGGGUAUCAGGUAUUUCUCCGAUAGAGAUUACGUAAAAUCAACGAUGAGGUUUGCUGAGUUGCACUCUGAAUUUGCUGAGGUACAUUUCUAUAAAUUUUCAUAUUCCGGCGAAAUGGGUCAUAAUAAUAUGGUUAAACUUCCAGGUCUUGGAAAAGUCGGUCAUAGCGAAGAUAACAAUUAUAUAUGGGUAACUAAUGGGGAUGACAGGGCUAUUGAACAAUAUCCCAAGACUGACAAGUUUAUUUCGGAGUUAUAUGUAAAAAUGUUUGCAGAUUUUACCAAAAAAUCAAAUGUGAGAUGUUUGGUAAACAAUGUGGAAUGGCCAAAAAUGAAAAAAGGAAACUUUUUGUAUUUAAAUAUUGACGAAAAAUUGGACAUAAAACAAGACCCGAUGGGUGAACUAUAUCAAGAAUGGAUCUCCCUUUAUGACCAAUAUGCAACCAAGCCUUUGUAUACAUUUUAAUUAUUACUUUAUAACAUAUUAAAGUGAUUUGAACAAUUUAAAAUUUAUUUUCCUUAUACCUGCUCUCUUAUAAAAAAGAAAUAAUAUAAUUUCUCAUUUUGUGACAAUAAGAUUGGACCAUUUACUAAAUGAAGGCC